AUGAGUUCCUCCAUUCACACUGCCCUACUAGAGGGCACCUACCUUCUUCAAGCCUUCAUUGCUGGUCUUGAGGUCUCACAGUUGUAUUUCUUCAACACGGAGAGGUAUACCCAUCACCUUUUCAAUUAUCUUACCGUCGCCAUCGCUCCCAUCCUCGCCCUUGCCCUCCUCCUCACCGUCCUCACUCAACUUCGACUUUCCUCACCAACUCGCCAGCAAACUUUGCGCAUCGAAUUCAUCAAAUCCGGUCUCGUGACUAUCUUAUGGGUUUGGCUUGUUGUCUGGAGCUGGGACUUCUGGGGUAACAGGAGUGGGCAUGGAACGGUGCAUAAGAUAGUUUCGACUGUCGUGUCCUUGGUUUUCGCAGGUGGUAUCUACUAUUCCACUUUGUUUGUUGCUUUGAGACGCGAGCGUGGUGGCAGGAUCUCGUUGAGAGACGAGGCGGGGUCGCUUUUGCCUCACUAA